UGACACUAGUUUGUCCGGAGCAUCACAACAUUGUCCUGACGCUUUGUUCGAAGGACAGAAAGCAUCGCACUUGUCUUCGAUGAAGUGUGUAUGAAACCAGGCUAUGUCCACAAUGGUGUAUCCUCGUGAAGAAGCCCUGGAGCGCCUGAGCCAGGAUGACAUCGUCCUCAACACCAAGGCCGUCAUGCAGGGCCUGGAGACGCUGCGCGGCGAACACGCCCAGAUCCUCAACUCGCUGCUGGACUGCGCCCAGCCCCCCGCCGCGCAGGAGAAAUCCGGCCUGCUGCGCAAGAGUCUGGAGGCCAUCGAGCUGGGCCUGGGAGAGGCACAGGUGAUCAUCGCCCUGUCGAGCCACCUGAGCGCCGUGGAGUCGGAGAAGCAGAAGCUGCGGGCUCAGGUGCGCCGGCUCUGCCAGGAGAACCAGUGGCUGCGGGACGAGCUGGCCGGGACGCAGCACAAACUGCAGCGCAGCGAGCAGAGCGUGGCGCAGCUGGAGGAGGAGAAGAAGCACCUGGUGUUCAUGAACCAGAUCAAGAAGUUUGACGACGACGUGUCUCCGUCGGAGGAUAAGAACCAGAGCUCUGGCGGGGGGGGAAGUGGAGGAGACACUUCCAAGGACAGUCUGGACGACUUGUUCCCCAACGAUGACGACCAGGGGCCAGCCCAGCCCAGCGGAGAGGUGGCGGCUCAGCAGGGGGGCUACGAGAUCCCGGCCCGCCUCAGGACGCUGCACAACCUGGUGAUCCAGUACGCCUCGCAGGGCCGCUACGAGGUGGCCGUGCCGCUCUGCAAACAGGCUCUGGAGGACCUGGAGAAAACCUCCGGACACGACCACCCCGACGUCGCCACCAUGCUCAACAUCCUGGCUCUGGUGUACAGGGAUCAGAACAAGUACAAAGAGGCGGCUCACCUGCUGAACGACGCGCUGGCCAUCCGAGAGAAGACGCUGGGGAAGGAUCACCCCGCUGUGGCCGCCACCCUCAACAACCUGGCCGUCCUGUACGGAAAGAGAGGGAAAUACAAGGAGGCCGAACCUCUGUGCAAGAGAGCGCUGGAGAUCAGAGAGAAGGUGUUGGGGAAGUACCACCCAGAUGUAGCCAAGCAGCUGAACAACCUGGCGCUGCUGUGUCAGAACCAGGGGAAGUACGACGAGGUGGAGUACUACUACAGACGCGCCCUCGAGAUCUACGAGUCCAAACUGGGAGCCGAUGACCCCAACGUGGCCAAGACCAAAAAUAACCUGGCGACGUGCUACCUGAAGCAGGGGAAGUUCAAAGACGCUGAGGCUCUGUACAAAGAGAUCCUGACCAGAGCACACGAGAAGGAGUUUGGAUCCGUCAACAAUGACAACAAACCAAUCUGGAUGCACGCAGAGGAGAGAGAGGAGAGCAAGGGUAAACGUAAGGACUCAGGCCCGUAUGUAGAGUAUGGCAGCUGGUACAAGGCCUGCAAGGUGGACAGCCCCACUGUGAACACAACCCUGAAGAGCUUGGGGGCUCUGUACCGUCGUCAGGGCAAACUGGAGGCGGCCGAAACUCUGGAGGAGUGUGCCAGCAAGACCCGUAAACAGGUGACGCUGUACAGCAUGUACGUGGCCUGCAUGGCCUUCCAUGCCAAAGUGAGCGACCCCCUCAUCGGGGGGACCUACAUGACGCUGCUGAACACCGUCACCAACCUGGGGGGGAACUGGCCCUCCACCUUGGCUCUGUGGAUGGUGGACCCCCUCACCUCUAAGGAGUGUCAGGGGGCGACGGGGCAGAGCUGUGGCUCUCCGGAGGAGGUGGGGGAUGGGAACGGGUUCCUCUGCGGCGGCAGCGGCUCCUUCGGGAAGAUCCGUGACGCCCUGAGGAGGAGUAGCGAGAUGCUGGUGAAGAAGCUUGCAGGGAGCGGGCUCAAGGAGCCACGGAACCCAGGAAUGAAGAGAGCAAGCUCCCUCAACUUCCUCAACAAGAGCACGGAGGAGACCACACAGGACGCCCCCCCCGGCCUCUCGGACUGCAGGGGACUCAGCUCCAGCAACGUGGACCUAUCCAGACGCAGUUCCCUGAUUGGUUAGACCGAGAGAGGAGGCGGGACUGAGGAGAGGCUUGGUUUGAUCCACACUCUAAAGCGAGAUCAGACACUUGCACCUGCAGCAUAUUUUUUAAAGAACACUAAGAGAGAAAAAACACCACCUCGCGUAGCGUCAUCCUGUUUAGACACGGUCGCUGCUUCGCUGUACAAAACGCUGCCAUCAAUCACUAAAGAGAAUAUUUAGAUACACAUUAAUCAGCAUGCUGCUUACUAGAACGUGGAAUGUCUGCUCCUGAACGCAUCGUGUUUUAGCACCGUGGCGUAUAUCCACAUCGUGAUGAGUCCCGUGUUUAGUAUGCAGACACUCGUAGGCUAAAUGUACUCCGGUUCCAGUUCAGAGAGGAGCGUCUGCACUCUGUAUAUCUCACCAGUAGCAUGGAGUAUCUCCCAAUUGCUAACCGCCCAUUCCAUGCAUAUCACAGACGGUCCAAAUGGUACCGUCCGCUUUGAUUAAAACGAGGAUAGCAGAGGUAUUUAAGAAGAUUUUUCAAAAUUAGCACUAACCAUUUAAACCUCACUGUUUGCCUUUCUUGUUGUUUUAUGUAUAUACAGUUUUAAAUUAUUUGAUGUUUCUUUCCUUGUAAAUAGUGCACUCUUUUUUUGGUUUACACUUUAUUGGGUCUAAGAAAAUACUUCUUAUCUAAAAGGGGGACGACGGGAAAACAAAGAAAUAUGAAAAGUUCCUAAAUGCUGAUACAUUUAGUACCUCAAUCUCUGAAUUCUGCUGACUCAUGGUUCAGUUUAGUCGUGAUGCACUUUGAGCCCCUACGGCGCCCUCUGCUGGUCAUGUUUAUAUCAGUCAUUCUUUAAACUUUGAUAUAAAAGUGUCAGAAAGUUCAUUUGAAAUUAUAUUUACAAUGUGUCCUCAAUACUACCUACUGGAAAAUAAGUUGAAUAAAACACUAAAAUCAUUACUUUCAGGUCCUCACAAAACACGUCCAGGCUUACUGCCAUAAGUCUGAAAGCUACUGAAGGGAAAUAUCUCUAAAGCAUAAUCAAUGUAGGAAUAACUACCUUAUCAAAGCUGGUGCAGUGCAUCAACAGCGUGUUCAUGUAUUCCUCUUGUGAAAGGUUUCCCCCGUGUUUAUGUUGCUGAAUAUGUAUCGUUUUGUACGGAACAAUCCUCAGUGUGAAGUGUUGCCCUUCCUGAUGAUUUGUGUUUCCUGUUUUUGAUCUGAGCUUUUUGUGUUAAAGGUACUGAUAAUCAUUUGAAUGUUCAAUUACAUAUCGAUUGUUCCGGUGGCUUUCACACUGGAUGUUUGUAUUGUGCUGUUUCCACCAAAAAUAAGACCAAUACCAAGAGAACUGUCCACAGAAUGUACGCGUCUUAUAAUGUGAAGUAUCGAGGCAAGUUGUGGCGUCGCUUCAACUGGGAUCAGAUUGUCAAGAAACAACAACGUUUUUUUGCUUCAUUUGUCCUGACAAUCUGAGUUAGAUUUCUAAGACGGGAGGAUGCAGGAUUGUUGCAUUUUGUCCACGACGGUGCAUGCACACCAUCGCCAAAAUUCCCCAACAACCUGACACCGGCCCUUUCUUAAAAUCACCUUUUUGAUGACGUCACAUUGCUAACUCUAAAAUAAUGAAAGUGCUUAAUCUGUCAGCUUCUGAUUGUGCGCCGUGGUGCAGGUUUUUAGAUCGUAACGUAGAAGUGAACGCAUGAAGGAAAGAAGGCCUAAAGUAAGUGUUGAGGCAGAAAAAAGAAACGAUGGUAAUGGAGAGACGUUGCGGGAGGAGAAGUGCGUUAAGUGUCGUCCGCAGCAAAUAAUGUACAGAGCAAUCCUUUCUAUGUCUGUUCACAUCAGAAUGUGUAGUUUCCAGAACAUCUUCUAGGACUAGUCUACUUCCUGACUGUAACACUGAGCAAUCCUCUACCGUUCAUCACGUAUUCACCUCUGGGUUGGUUUGCUGGAAGCGUCUGUAAUUCGUCUGACUGUGUAUUAAUAGCUCCAUAAAUAUUAAGCACAAUAAAACGGCCGAGAGAAAAAUCUAAAACUGCUAUGGUUGUAAAUGUUCUGAAAGAUUUCCCUCUAAUAUUUAUGGAGUUUUCACUCAGAUGGUAAAUGUUCUAGAUCGAUGGUCAUUAUGUGUGCUCCUAUACUGCUGACGGGUGUCAUUGUGAAGGGGCCAACCCAAUGUGUAUUUUAUCAAAAGGUUCAAUAAAUACAAACUCCACUUUUCAAA